GGUUCAGUUGCCUGCUGUGUGCAAGUGUGUGCGUAGAAGAGAAAAGGAGGGACAAUGAAGUAUUUGGUACUCGGCCUGGUCUGUCUGGCUGUCACUGAGGGGCUCAUCAGAGUCCCUCUAGUGAAAAAGGAGGACAUCAUGGAGGAGCGGGGUCUCCUGAAGGAAAUCCUGAAAUACUCCCAGUACAGCUCAAAUGAAGUGUAUCCAGAAGACCUGGUCAACCAAAACAAUAUGGCCUAUUUUGGAAAGAUUGGUGUGGGAAGCCCUCCUCAAUACUUCUACGUCCACUUUGACACUGGCUCCAGCACCCUGUGGGUCAACUCUGUCUACUGCAAGAGCAGCGCCUGCCACAGCCACCCUCUGUUCAACCCAAGGAGCUCCCACACAUACCACACCCACAACACACCAUUCUCCAUCCAUUAUGGUACUGGGAGUCUAACUGGAGUCUAUGGCUAUGAUACAAUCACAAUGGGUAAUCUGGAAGUGAAAAAUCAGAAGAUUGGCCUGAGUAAAACUGAGCCUGGAAGUCACUUCGCUAAACCUCUGCAUGACGGACUGAUGGGACUGGCCUACAUGCCUGGUGAUGAGACCAUUGUGGACACUAUGAUCAAAGAGGGUCUCAUUGAGGAACCAAUGUUUGCUUUCUACCUGACUGGGCAUUCUCAAAGAGGCAGUGAGGUUGUUUUUGGAGGAACUGACCCAUCCCACUAUCAGGGCCAGAUCAACUGGAUUCCUGUUCAGAGAAACAGCCACUGGCAAAUUGUAUUUGAGGGAUUUGAGGUGAAUCACAGGUCCACUGACUGGUGCAGUAAUGGCUGUACUGCUAUAGUGGACACCGGAACGUCCAUGCUGGAAUGCCCUCCACAGUAUGUACACUCUCUUCACAGCAUGCUGGGGGCUCACAGUGGGGGCAGCGGUGAUUACACGUUUCACUGCAGUAGAGUGGACAGCCUUCCCACGCUGACCUUCGUCAUGAAUGGAGCUCACCUCCAUCUGCCACCGUCUGCAUAUGUACUACAGAGUGGAUCUCACUGCAAGAGUGGCAUCAAGGCGUCUAGUAAGAAAUCCAGAGACGGCCAUCCCUACUGGAUCCUGGGCGACGUCUUCAUCAGAAAUUUCUACUCCGUGUUUGAUCAAGGAAGAGCACGCGUGGGCUUCGCCACCUUGGCUUAGAGUUAACCAAUUAUAUGUCUGCUUGCUUUUAUCUGAUGAUUUUUCAAACAGCUUUUAAAGUAGAGAUGCUACUAAUGGUUCUUUGGGAACUACCAUAGAGGACCUGUUUUGGUUCUAUUAAAUACCAUGCCAGUGUAAGGAACAUUACAUAAUUGACAAAUAACCUAUAUAAAUAUCAGGUGUAGGAUUUUAGACCUUCUGCCCAAAUUUUACACACACAGCUAUUUAAAAAAGCACUCAAAGAACUACUUGUAGCACCUUUUUUCUAAGAUUUUAAUUAGAAUAUUCUUGAAACUACAAAAUCUUGUAUCUCUUUACAUUAACAUUCAAUAACGGUGCUUUUCCACUCCAUGGUACUUACUAGGACUGUAUGAUAAAUAUUAUUUUUAUCAUUAAGUUAGUUUUCACAAUAAGCUACAACAACAUUGUGAAUAACUGCUUUUCCCAAGUGCAGCAACAGAGGGAGCUCUUAACCCUGCAGACUGUACUCACGUGACAUAACUAGACUGGAGGCAGAGCGAGGUAGAGUGAGGCAUGUCUGGGCAAAGUUAACGAUAGCAGCCAAAACAAGUAAUGAAAAACCUUUAUGGAGCUUAAAUUGAUUAGGGAUCUUAAGUCAUCACAAUCCACAACCUACACUAGGGAUGCAUAAUGAUAUCGAAACUAUCGAACUGAUACCUGCUGAAAUAUUUAUUGCAUGUUGGUAAAAAGCCAAAUGAUGCUGGCCACUCUACUAUGGUCCAAAGCAAAUUAAUUCAUUUAAGCUCAAUGUAUUUAUUUGUAAUAGUUUCAAUAGAUCUAUUUGGAUCUAUCUGUGACCAGUCUAUGUAAGGACCAGUUAGCUAAAAAAAAAUGUGAAACCAAAAAAGGUAAAAACAUAUUUCUCAACCCGUUUUUACCUGGCAUCUGUUUCAAUUUUUCAAAACCAGAGCUCCCACCUCAAAAUACAGUUGCAGUGAACAGGAAGUGAACAGGUCAACAUGCAGUGGAAAUAUUUUACUACACAGUAAAAGACAAGGUUUUGUUCUUGGAUGCAUUUUAAUUAACAGACUGGCUUCUGCUGAACACAAUUUUUUUAAUUAUGCUACAGAAUGCAAACAGCACAACCGUCAUUAGCAUAUUCAAAAAAGACAGAAAAAAAGAAAACUCAAUAAAAAACUCUUUAAGCAACA